AUGGACAGUGAACUGACCUUUAGUAAACAUGUCGAGAAAAUUGUAACGAAAGCGAACUCAUUAUUUGGCAUGGUGAAGCGAUACAGCCGCGAACUAGAUGAUCCGUACACGAUAAUCGCUAUAUACAAUGGUUUGGUUCGCACGACCAUCGAGUACGCAAGCGUGGUGUGGCGACCAAUUUAUAACGUAUACAUCAAUCGAAUUGAGCGGGUACAGAAAAAAUUUGUGCGAUAUGCUGUGCGUAAUCUUGGUUGGAGAGACGAAAUGCCGGACUACCGAUCGCUAUGCUUACUAGUAGGAAUCAACAGUCUCAGCGAUCGAAGAAUUUUGAUAGAUGUGUUGUUUCUCAAAGACGUUGUUUCUGGAAAAUACAGUGCUCCAUAUUUGUGCAGCCAGGUGACGAACUACGAAGAGUUCAAAAAUAUAAUUCGUAAACGAGAUCACAAGCAAGCGAAAUGUCUGAUAUUGGCCGGUAUGUUCGAGCUCCCCAACUCUACAGCAGUGACUCAGAAAAUAUCGAUUCCGACGGGGAAUCCGACGAAAUAUGCACAGGUCGAUACGUUCGGGCGCCCGAAUGUGCGCGUUGAUAAACAUCAAGAGGAAUUGACUCGUAGGAUUCGUGAACUGGAAAAAGUCAUAGCUGAGCUAAAUAAAACCACAAACCCUCCAUCUAGCACUGAUGUCGCCACAAGAACCGUAGUCGGGCCACCGGAUGCCAUUUAUAGCCCAGCAGGGCUAGGAAUAUCUGAGCAAAGUCUGCCCAGUAUUAGAUGGGAUAACAUGAAGCCAUUCCCUAAAGGGAUACCUGCGAAUAAAAUGUGGGAAGCUUGGACAAAAUAUCUCGAAAAUUUUGAGAUUGCCGCUUCUUUAUCGAAUGCCCAUGAUCCCGUACGGCGGGUACAAUUGCUGUUUUUAUCAAUCGGCGAAGAGCUCCAAGGCAUUGUUCGUACAGCAAAAUUGCGACCGAGUAUGGAUGAUCCGAAUUGUUAUUCUACGUUCACAAAUAAUAUCGAGCAACACCUGAAGUCAAUGACCGACACAUCGGCAGAGCACGAUGCCUUUUUGGUAAUGAAGCAGGUGGAUGGGGAGUCUGCAGUAAGCUUCCAUGCACGGCUUAUGGAAAAAGUCUGGCUUUGCGGUUAUAGCACCGUUGAUCAGGAUCGCCAUGUCAGAACGCAGCUGUUGAAAGGACUAAGAAAUCGAAAACUGGCAAGGGCCUCACGAAUUUACGGCUAUGACACGAAUUUUAUCGUGCAGUCAGCUACAAGAGAUGAAGCUUUCCCGUUAAAUGAACCAGCCGUUACUGAUGGAACUGUGGCUAUUAAUCAGGUGUAUCGCCGCGAAUCUGUAAGGCAACCGAAACGACGAAAUAAUGGUCCUGCGGAAUUCGAACCCAGAACCAAGCGUUUUCACAACGAGAGGCCAUUCCCACCGGGCCGCCGCAGCAGAUGCCCUCGGUGCGAUCUUCUGGCGCAUAAAUAUGGUCGCUGUCCAGCGUUCGAUAAGAAUUGCAACUCCUGUGGUCGUCAAGGCCAUUUUGCGGCUGCAUGCCGGCGAAAUCGUGUUAAUACCAUUCAGGGUCGUCGCGUUCAAUCGGAAACCAUCAACGAAGAUAAGUACGAGCAAGUAAACACCCUUUCGCUCGGAGACGUGUUGAUCAACUGCCGGCUGGGCUCAUCGAGCCCAAUCAGAUUUCUAAUCGACUCUGGUGCGGACGUCAACAUCGUCGCAGGCCAUGACUGGGACCAUCUUAAUGAGCAACGCAAGUUAGGAAUGGUGAAUCUUGAGUCGAUUGACAUCCCUAGGAAGAGUUUACACGCGUACGCCAUCAGUAAACCUAUACUUAUCGCAAAUGCUUUCAGAGCUGAAGUACAGGUGGAUCACUCCAAUAAACCUGUAGUAACAGCAGAUUUCUUCGUGGUAAGAGAAGGUCGUCAAUCGCUUUUGGGUAGAUCGACUGCUAGCGAUAUGGGCUUACUGAAAAUUGGAUCAUCAAUCAAUAAUUGCGAAUUCCAGAGUGACGUGUUCCCCAAAAUGCCGGGUGUGAAAGUGAGGUUUAGUGUCGACCGUUCGGUAGCUCCUGUAAGGAACGCAUAUUAUAAUGUUCCCGCUGCGUACCGUGACGGCGCCAGGAAAAGGUUACAGGAAAUGGAGUCGCGUGGUAUCAUAGAAAGAGUUACAUCAGCUCCAGUGUGGAUCAGUGGCAUGUCUGCCGUUGCAAAGGGUAAAGACGACUUCCGUCUCGUGGUGAAUAUGCGGGCUCCUAAUAAGGCCAUUAAACGAGAGUACUUUCGGUUACCUUUAAUCGAAGAAAUCAAGGUUAAGCUACACGGAGCUAAAUAUUUUUCCAAACUAGAUUUAUCGAACGCUUUUUACCACUUAGAGUUGUGCAAAGAAUCGCGUGAUUUAACGACAUUUCUAACUGAAAAUGGCAUGUUUCGCUUCACUCGACUUAUGUUCGGUGUUAAUUGUGCCCCUGAAAUUUUCCAAAGAGAAAUGUCCCGUAUUUUAGAAAAAAUCGAAAACAAGGUCGUGUACAUCGACGAUGUUCUCCUAUUUGGUGGGACAUUAGAAGAGUUGCGAAGUACAGUUUCUCAGGUAUUAAGGAUAUUGAGACAAAAUAACUUGACUCUUAACACAGCGAAAUGUGAGUUUGAUAGAACUUGCCUCAAAUUUAUUGGACAUGACUUGGACGAGAAGGGCUUCCACAUCAAUGAGCAAAAAAUUAAGGACAUACGCAAAUUCCGCAGCCCCGUCAAUGCUUCUGAGCUCCGCAGCUUUUUAGGGUUAGCCUCUUUCGUCAGCCCAUAUAUUAAAAACUUUGCAGACAUUUCUGCCCCUUUGUGGCCCAUAGUUACUGCUAAAUCCUGGAAUUGGGGAGAAACCCAUGAAAAGGCAUUCGAACUUGUAAAAGAUCGCAUUGUACACUGCACAGUCUCCUUGGGAUAUUUUUCAGAACGGGACAAAACCAUACUAUACACGGAUGCUUCUCCUAAUGCUCUAGGAGCCGUACUGGCACAAAAAUCGUCGGACCGAUCUUCGCGAAUAAUAAGCUUUGCUUCGAAAGCACUGACAGAAACAGAGAAAAAGUACGCUCAGAACCAGCGUGAAGCUCUAGCGGCAGUUUGGGCGGUGGAGUACUUUUCCUACUUUCUGCUAGGAAGGUAUUUCGUUUUGCGUACGGACGCCGCAGGCAUAACAUUCAUUCUCAAUAGACACCGUGAAAACUCCAAAAGAGCACUGACUAGAGCUGAUGGUUGGGCUUUAAGGCUUACUCCCUAUAACUACGACGUGGAAUACGUGCGGGGGCGUGAUAAUAUAGCCGAUCCUUCCUCUAGGCUAUAUGAAGGAUCUAGCGAGCCCUUCGAUGAGGAUUCUAGCCCUUGGGAGAUUGCCCGCCUAGAAGCGAAUACGAUUACGUUUUUAACUGAUGAGGAAGUUAAAAAUGCUACAGCAUCCGAUGAAACAUUACAACGAGUGUCAGAUGCGCUAGAAACUGGGAAUUGGCCUAAAGAAUUGCGAAAAUUCCAUGCGAUAUCGGAGUAUUUAUCUAAACGAGAUGGGAUAAUAAUUAAGAGUGGUUGCGCUGUUAUCCCGGAAAAUCUUCGAAAUAAAACUUUAGAAAUGGCACAUUCCGGUCAUCCAUUGGCAGCCAAAUUUAAAAGCAUCUUAAGAGAGCGAGUAUGGUGGCCAGGAAUGUCAGAAGAUGCUGAACAGUGGGUCAGGUCCUGCUCCGCAUGUGCUGUCAACGGAAAACCCGAGAAACCGACGCCAUGGAACGCACGUUUGCCCCAAAAACGAUCAAGGUAUGCUAUUACACGACCGGUAAAAUCAACCAGCUUCACCAACACAAGAAAAAUCCUAGAUGAGGUAUUUGAUAGGGAAGGGUUCCCGGAGGCUAUCAAAACCGACAAUGGGCCACCGUUCAACGGCGAGGAAUACAAACAAUAUUGUGCGAGUCGGGGAAUUCGAACAAUUUUCUCAACACCCUUUUUCCCGCAACAGAACGGAUUAGCCGAAAGUUUCAUGAAGGUUGUCAACAGAGCGAUGUCCACAGCGUGCACCAACGGAACCAGCUAUGUGGAGGAACUCCAAGCCGCCGUACACGCAUAUAAUGCUGCAACACACUCGAUUACUAAAUUCCCCCCUGAAGAGAUAAUGUUGGGACGGAAAGUUAAACGUGGAUUACCCUUAAUAAGCCGUGGCAAAACAAAUCACGAUGACGAAGUGUUUAACGAUAGAGACCGUGAAGCAAAACUGAGAUCAAAAGAGAGAGAGGAUAAACGAAGAGGUGCAAAAAGAAGUGCUGUAAAACCGGGGGAUACGGUAAUAAUCGAACGGCAGCUGCGGGCGAAGGGUGAUUCUAGGUUCGACAUUAAGCGGUACACUGUGACCGAAGAGAAUAAUGGUAGCUUACUGUUGACCGACGAAGAGGGAAGAAUACUAAAGAGACAUGUUUCGCAAGUAAAAAAAGUGUAUCAGUGGCGAGAGAAGAGCCCUGAACACAUUGAUAAAUCCCGACAGAUUCCGGUGGAAUCUGAACAUGAUCAACGACUCCAAAGACCACGAAAGGUCCCCUCUUACUUGUCUGAUUAUGUGAGCUGUAUUCAGGAUAUGUGGUUUUAA